AUGGGACAUUCUACAAUUCCUCCUUUUCUUCUAUCAAUUGUUAUUUUCUCACAGUUGCUCUCGCCGACUCAGGCAACUAAAAAGCCUUAUAUUGUGUACAUGGGAGCACACUCACACGGUCCAAACCCUUCGCCGGUCGAUCUCGAAAGCGUGACGACUUCACAUUAUACUCUCCUUGGAUCAUACUUGGGAAGCGAUGAGAAGGCUAAAGACGCCAUCUUGUACUCGUACACCAGACAUAUUAAUGGGCUUACUGCAAUUCUUGACGAUGCCGAAGCUGCAGAAAUUGCAAAGCAUCCAGAUGUUGUGUCGGUUUUCUUAAACAAUGGGAAGAAACUGCAUACGACGCGUUCAUGGGAUUUUCUUAGGUUGGAAAGAAAUGGAGUUAUUCCUUCGAAGUCUAUUUGGAACAAGGCGCGGUAUGGUGAAGAUAUUAUUAUUGGAAACUUGGAUACUGGUAUUUGGCCUGAGUCAAUGAGCUUUAGUGAUGAAGGGAUUGGACAUGUCCCAUUGAAGUGGCAAGGAAUUUGUCAGCAUUGCGUCAAGGAUAAAGUACAUUGCAAUAGGAAGCUGAUCGGAGCAAGGUACUUCAACAAAGGGUAUGCAGCAUAUUUAAAGACUAAAAACUCAACUCUCUCCCCUAUACACAAUUCCACCUUGUUCACUACCCGGGACUAUGUGGGCCAUGGCACUUAUACCCUUUCCAUUGCUGGCGGAAACUUUGUCCGCGGAGCAAAUGUUUUUGGCAACGGGAAUGGCACCGCAAAGGGCGGUUCUCCGAAAGCUCAUGUGGCCGCUUACAAGGUUUGCUGGCCGCCGGUGGGCAAUGAGGAGUGCUAUGAUGCAGACAUUUUGGCCGCGUUUGAGGCUUCAAUAAGUGAUGGUGUUGAUGUGCUUUCCUUGUCUAUUGGCAAUGAUAAGCCUAUGGAAUUUUUCAAGGAGGCGAUUUCGAUAGGGGCCUUCCAUGCUGUUAAAAACGGCAUUGUGGCUGUCACCUCAGCAGGGAAUUCAGGACCGGAUCCAGGAACCGUAUGGGACAGUUCCCCGUGGACGUUAACCGUUGGUGCCAGCACAAUUGACCGCGAGUUCACAACUUAUGUUGCUCUUGGUAACAAAAAACACCUCAAGGGAGGAAGUCUCUCCUCAAAAGCCUUGCCAUCCAACAAGUUCUAUCCGUUGACCGGCGGAGCAAAUGCUAAAGCUGCGAAAGUGUCUGCUUUAGAUGCUCUAUAUUGUAAGCCUGGAGCCCUUGAUCCGAAGAAAGUGAAAGGGAAAAUCUUGGUCUGCCUUUGGAAGGAGAUGACAAGUAUUGAGAUGGGUGAGCAGGCUGCUCUUGCCGGCGCCGUCGGAAUGAUUUUGGCCAAUGACAUUGAAAGUGGCAAUCGAGUUAACGCUGAUCUUCACGUGCUUCCUGUCUCUCAUAUCACUUACAAUGAUGGAAAACUUGUACUUGAUUACCUCAAUUCUUCCAAGAAUCCUAUGGCUUACAUGACUGGGGUAAAGACUGAAGUGGGAGUAAGACCAGCCCCAUUGAUGGCUUCAUUCUCAUCAAGAGGUCCUAAUACUAUUGAGCCGGCAAUCCUCAAGCCGGAUAUCACGGCGCCUGGAGUAGACAUUAUUGCCGCCUACUCCAAGGCCGCCCCACCAACUUAUCUAACAUCCGAUACACGUAGAGUUUCGUUCAUUGCACAAUCCGGGACCUCAACAUCAUGCCCUCAUGUUUCCGGGAUUGCUGGUCUUCUGAAAACUCUUCAUCCAGACUGGAGUCCGGCUGCAAUCAAAUCGGCUAUCAUGACUACCGCAAGAGCACGAGAUAACAAUAUGGAGCCAAUGCUUAACUCAUCCAUGAAAAGAGAAACUCCUUUCGCCUACGGGGCUGGACAUAUCCGACCCAACCGCGCUAUGGACCCCGGACUUGUCUAUGACUUAACCAUUGAUGAUUACUUGGACUUCUUAUGUGCUCAUGGCUACAAUCAAACUCUUGUUAGAAAGUUCUCAGACAAGCCACACAAAUGUUCCAAGUCAUUUACUAUGGCUAACUUCAACUACCCUUCAAUUGCGGUACCGAAUCUUUCGAAAUCGGUGAUUGUUACUAGAAAACUUAAAAAUGUCGGCACUCCGGGCACCUACAAGGCAUAUGUGAAGGCACCAAUUGGGGUUUCUAUUUAUGUUAAGCCCAAAAGCUUGAAAUUUGAUAGAAUUGGGGAAGAGAAGAGAUUCAAGAUUGUUGUGAAGCCAAAGGCUGUUGGGAAGUCUAAAGAUUAUGUCUUUGGACACUUGAAAUGGUCAGAUGGUAAGCAUUUUGUAAGAAGUCCUAUUGUGGUGAAGCACAAGUAG